GAGACGUCUGGUUGUGAACUGGGGACAGUUUGUCCUCCUUCUGUCUUUCAGUCUAUUUGAUGGCAGAGCUGCGUUUACUGUGUGAACCUCUCAGCAAUGUUUCCAUGUGCUAAAAAUACCAGCGGCGUCCUCGUCUUCUCAGGUUGACUUCACACCAGGACUCGCUCCAACCAGACGUGGACUGAGUUUUGGCAAAAAGGACGAAUGUUUUCGAGUCUUUCUUCGUCGUAGUUUCAGUUUUGGUGUAGAAAUAGAAUUUGGUUUUCGGAGGUAAAAUAAAAGUUUGUGUCCUGGAACAAGCUGCGACUCCCUGUCUGGGUUUCGUCUCUUCUGGAUUCUGACGACGUCCUGCAGCCGGGUUUUAACCUUAAUGCACAAAGAGGAUCUGGAAACUUCACUGCACCGCUGGUACGAGCAGAGCAGAGCCGCGCACCGCCCUCAUCAUGUGAACUGGAACUCUUCCUUUGAGACGGCUCUCCUUCGGACGCUGUGCCGAACUUUCUCGUGAGGAUCGGACUCGUUUGGAUUUAAUCUCCAAAUGUUUCUUUGCACUUUUCUGCUGUCUUUAAGCAAGUGAUUGAUGUCUCCCUGAAAAAUCAACGACUCAAACGAUUUUACAAUAUUUACAAUAGACUACAUUCCUGAAGAAGUUUCAUGUUUAGAAUUUUUUUCUACAAGUUCUUUGGUGAAGCGUUAGACGAGUUUAGAGAAGACACGAAGUUCAUCGGAUCGUCUCCUGAACGCUCAGAUUAAAGUUUGGACAUGAGGGAGUUGCUUCCCGUCCUGGUGAGGCGGCAGAGAGAGCGACUCUCCAGCCUCCCUGCCCCUCCGACCUCCUCCAUCACCUCCUUCUCCAUCCAAACCUCCAAGAAGUUCCCCUUCUUCCGCGUGGUCAAAUGCUGCAGAUACGAGGCGGAGAAUGUCUUCUUCUCCAGUCUGAAGCUGAACGACUUCAACAUCAUCGACACGCUGGGAGUCGGAGGCUUCGGACGCGUGGAGCUGGUGCAGCUGAAGAACGAGGAAGCAAAGACGUUCGCCAUGAAGAUCCUGAAGAAACGACACAUCGUGGACACGAGACAACAAGAACACAUCCGCUCCGAGAAAUACAUCAUGACGGAGGCUCACUCCGACUUCAUCGUCAGGUUGUAUCGGACGUUUAAAGACAGUAAAUAUCUGUACAUGCUGCUGGAGGCUUGUCUGGGAGGAGAGCUGUGGACCAUCCUGAGAGACAGGGGCUCGUUUGAAGACUCGACCACCAGGUUCUACACGGCCUGUGUCGUCGAAGCCUUCGCCUACCUGCACGCCAAAGGGAUCAUAUACAGAGACCUGAAGCCUGAGAACCUCAUCCUGGAUAGUCGAGGAUACGCCAAGCUGGUCGACUUUGGUUUUGCCAAGAAGAUCGGUUUCUGUAAAAAGACGUGGACGUUUUGCGGGACGCCGGAGUACGUGGCUCCAGAGAUCAUCCUCAACAAAGGUCACGACGUCUCUGCGGACUACUGGUCUCUGGGCAUCCUGAUGUUCGAGCUGCUGACCGGCAGUCCCCCGUUCUCAGGCCCAGACCCAAUGAAAACAUACAACAUCAUUCUGAGAGGCAUCGACAUGAUCGAGUUCCCCAAGAAGGUCACCAAGAAUGCCGCCAGCCUCAUAAAGAAGCUCUGCAGAGAUAAUCCGUCAGAGAGACUCGGAAACCUGAAAAACGGAGUCAAAGACAUUCAGAAGCACAAGUGGUUUGAAGGUUUUAACUGGGAGGGUCUAAAGAAAGGAACCCUGACUCCGCCCAUCACACCUGACGUUUCUUCUCCAACUGACACCAGUCACUUCGACAGUUUCCCUGAAGACACGGACGAGCCGCCACCAGACGACAACACUGGAUGGGACUAUGACUUUUAAAGUAAACCUGAAGCUCCAUGAAGAUAAAGAAGACGACUUCUCACCAAACUGAAUAAAACACGUUAUACUGCGUGUCUCCACCUGAAGAACCUGGGAUGUCUGAGCAUGGCUGGACCCUUUGGGAAUCAAACCCUCGAUGUUUUGUCAGCACAUCGUGUCCCCAAAUUAGUUGAGCACUAUCGUUUCUCACAAGUGGGUCAAAAUAACUUUGGCAACAGAAGUUAACAUGGUUUAAAAACAAGUAAGACCAAACUCCCUUCAGCUCCCCCUUGAGGGCAACACAGACACUGCAGCCAGCAGGAAACCUCUGCUCCUGUCAAGUGUCCUCUCAUCACUGGCUGACCCUUGACCCCUCUUAGGGUCGACUUCCUGUCCUUGGAGCGGGAGUUGAGCGGUCGGGGCGAAGGAGGGAAAGUGAACUGAGACUGAAGGACGAGCUCAAGGUCACUAUGAUGCCUUCACUUCUCAUUUCAGUUGUGGGAUUUUAAAAAUCUUUAAACAUCAUGAUUCAUCAAAACAACAAUAUGAAAACACAGAACUAUUCACUUUACUGUCGUGUACAACAAAGACAAAGUCUUAAACAUCUGAAGAAGUUGGAACCAGCAAACAUUGGCCUUUUCUUUUUUUUAAAUAACUAAACAGUUUUUUUAAUUCAUCUAAUUUUCAGCCGCAUUACUUCUCAGUUAAUCAACACAGGUUACACAGAAGAACCAGUUUGUCAAAUAAAGAAAGAAAACUUCAUUAGAAUCUUUCAUUUGAAGAGUUGAAGUCGACGUGAUUAUCUACGACUGAUGAUGUGAUCAGUUUGUGCUGCUUCCACAGAAGUAUAAAAUCAUACGAGGAUAUUUUGUGGCCUUUUGUAAAAGCUGCUCGUUGUUUCACGUUGGUACGAAGCCUUUUUAUUCGCAGUCUGAUCGUGCUGUGAUAUUUUUGUGAAACCCUCAGUGAUGUGAUUUGUGUGAGCUCUGCAUGAAAAUAACCACGUGUUCCGUUUUUACCUCCAGAGGGCGAUGUAGAGUCAGACACGCAACAUCAACGCACCGGGCGAUGUCCGGCUUUAGAAAGAAUCUGUCAACAUUUAAGGAAAAUCUCAAAUUUAUGUUUGUUGGUUCCACAGCUGGAGUCAGACGGUAGUUAGCCUAGCUUAGCUUAGACUGGACAGUCGAAUGUUUCCCCCAACAUCUCUGAAGUCUGAAAAACUUGUAUCUCAUCUGUUGACUACGUAAUAAGAAGACGUAGGAAAUAUAUCUAUUCAUAAUCACACAAAACUCCUCUGGAAGCCAGUGAGGGACCGUGGCCUCGUUUCUGGGUCUGAGAUCCCAGCGAACAAAACAAAUACAGAUCAACACGUUUUAUCUCAUUUGUCAAAUAAACUCGUGUCAUUACGAGGUUUCAUCCAACAAGUCUGGUCAACUUGAAACACGGGAUUUUGGAUAAAAAAUUUAUUCUGCGAUUAUAUUUAGUGUUUAUGAUAUAUUUGUAUAUAUUGGAGUAUUUUAUGUUGUAGAUUAUUAUUAAUAUCAUUAUUUAUACGAUGCCUGCCAUGGUAGCUGUGGAAACUGUCUCAGUUCAAAAAAGCUUUAUGGACCUGACUGUUAAAAACAAAACAAAAAAAUACUUUUUGCAAUAUCACUUGGAUCUGUUUUCAAAUAAAAAUAAAAGCUAUGAAUAAAAA